AGUAACAACAGCGUCAAUAUGGCUAACCAUCACCACGACCACGUAGACGGUUGGCACGGCGAAAAACCAAUCAAUCUAUCUGGUAUAGACUUGUCGAAGUUGUCAGAAAAAGAAAGAUGGAGGGUGGAACAUCAAAUGCUUCACGAGAAACACAAAGGGCACGAAUCAAUGCAUGCGGAGAUGGCCCUUAUCCUAUUGGUUACCCUUAUUGUGGCUCAGAUUGUGCUAGUUCAAUGGAAAACAAGACAUUUUAAAUCAUACCAGAGGGCCACACUCCUGGGAAUGUGGUUGAUACCUGUCAUCAUCUGUGCCAAGUUUGCCUGGUGGCGCUUCUGUGGGUUCUGGAUGCUGUUCUCAAUCAUCACAGGAUUUGUGACAUUUAAAGCAUCACGGAAACCUCUAUCAGGCUCCACCCCCAGAUGGGUGUACAAGUGGUUCCUACUUCUGUACAAGCUGAGCUAUGCCUCAGGGAUUGCUGGCUACCUGGUCAUCAUGUUCACCAUCUUUGGCCUGAACAUGCUGGUGUUGGUCAAGCCUCAGACGGCCAUGGACUUUGGGCUGCUGCUCUUGUUUUAUGGGCUGUAUUUUGGGGUGGUGUCCAGGGAUUUUGCUGAAGUCUGUGCUGAUACCAUGGCAGCUCACAUUGGGUAUUACUCCAGCACUGGUUUGCCAGCCAAACAUCUGGACUCCAACAUGUGUGCUGUAUGUGGCAAUGAAAUCUUCAUGAUCAGUAACGAUAACGCCGUUAUUGAAAAAUCCAUCAAACUGAAUUGUGGCCAUGUAUUUCAUGAAUUUUGUAUACGUGGUUGGUGCAUUGUAGGAAAAAAACAGACUUGUCCAUACUGCAAGGAGAAGGUCGACCUCAAGCGCAUGUUUCCUGGGCCAUGGGAGCGGCCUCAUGUUAUGUAUGGCAAUCUGUUAGACUGGAUCAGAUAUUUAGUUGCUUGGCAACCAGUGAUCAUUGGCAUCGUGCAGGUCAUCAACUGGGGCCUGGGGCUUGAGUGAUAGAUCAGUGGUGCUUUUUUUUUAUAAUAAGGGGAGGUAACCUUGUGAUACAAGACCACAUCAGAGUGAUGAAACUUUUUUUUUUAAAAUCCAUUUCUUACAACUGAGCUGAUGAAACUUACAAAUGGUUGUUGGAGACAACAGACCAAACAACAUCACAUUUAGCCUUGUCUUGUGCAAUAAUGUAGUCAACUUUGGGACUGGUAUCUCAAGAAAGGUUUCGGAAAGGCCGCUACCAAAUUAAAUUUUAAAAGAUAUGGAAAGGACUUCGACUGUUUUGUGUUUAUUUGAUUGUCAAGGGUUGUACUCAUUUAAAUGAUUGUGUUUUUUUAUCAGUUAUUUUGUUUCAUUUAUUUUCUUGAUGAACAAAGAGUAUAAAAGCAAUACGAUUGAUUAUGGUAUAAAAAGUUUACUUUAAAUUUUUAACAGUUGUAAAAAAAAAUGACCGAAGCGAUGGCUUAUUUUUAGCCAGAAUGCCUACCUAUUCUCAAAAUGUCAGCCAUUCCUUGUUCAUUAGAUAGAGCUUCCAGGUUUGAAUGGGGUUACUUGUCCUUUUGCCAUACGACCAUAAUCAGAUCAUAAGUAUUGUUGUUAAGGGUAUAUUAAAGCUAGGGUUUAAGGCAGUGGGUUAGGUUUAGGGUUUAAGUGUUAUAAUUUAAUUUGACUAUGGCAAUGUGGAUGAAGGACAAGUAUAUGAUGAUCAUGUCUGAUGUUCUCAUCAUAGUCCAUUCUUUCACUUAAUUUUUUUAAACCUGAUUUGUGUUUCUGAUUUAUAUUUGCAGUUGUUCCCGUUAACAAUGUUUAGUAUUGCUUCUUUGUAGUUUUAUGUUUAUUUGGUAAAUAUAGUAGACACACCUUUUAUGCCUAUAGAUUUUAGCUUUAUUUUAAAAUUAAAUCACAAUUUUUUAUGUUUUACUGAAUUAUGUUUAAGCCAUUGGAAGAAAACUAAUACUUUUUCAAAUAUUUGUCGUGGUCAUGUUGAUUAUUUUUUUAAAACAACUGGUUUUGUCAUGCCUUUUGUAAAUCUAUAACAAACUAACAUUGUGGUUCAGUCACAUGAACAUUGAUCCUUAUACAAACUUAUACCUCUGUUGAGGCUUUUAAAUAAUUCAAGUUUCUCACUUAGUUUUUUCUCUCUUAAAAACUAAUGUACAUAAUUUUAAGGAGCACUGAAAGAAAACCCAUUUUGGUAGCUGUUAUAAUAUAUAUAAAAAAUCUGUCAUCAUUAUAUUUGGGCAUAAUUAUUUUCUCUUUGGAGAGUGGCUUCGAUAUAAGAGGGAUUUCCCUUUGAGCAUUUCAAUAGGCUUUAUCAACACAUAUCCAUUUUAUUCCCUCUUUUUCAUAAUACCCAAACAUCAGACCGUGGUCACUUAAUAUAUACUAAUAGAGACUUAGCAGGCUGCAUUUUAUUUCUUACUAAUAAUUGCUAUUAUUUUAUGGCUUUAAUUUUUGGUUUAAAUAUUUAGCUCAACAACUAGCUUUUUGUAUAAUUCUGGUCAUCAUGCCUAGAGAUUCUUAUUGAUGUCAUCUCACAUUAAAAAAUGUAGCAUUACUAAUUAACAUCACAAAAUGUAUAAGCGUGUAUGUUAAAUGUUUACUUGAAAUAUUUGGAACAAAUUUUUUGCAGUUAGUUUUGAAUCAUCUUUUAAAACUAUGCAUAUUAUUAUGUAACUGUUGGUGUGUAAGAUGUUGAGCUUAUGAAAAGUGGGAUUUAUCAUAUAAAUUUAUUAUUUUAAAAUUUGUGAAAUACUUUCCUGCUGUGUGAUUUAAAAAUUAUGAAGAAUUUGUAUCAAUAACCUUUACUUUGCAAAGAGACUAUAGUUAUCACCUGAUUUUAAAUUAUAUUUAACACGCAAUCAAGCUUGAAGUAAGUAGCUGAGCUUGAACAAUAUUUACCUUCACCCAAAUGAAACUUACUAAUAUUAAACCUUCUUGAUGUUUUUUAAAAAAGUGUUUAUCAAUUAUUUCGUACAACUUCAUCAUCUCUGGGUCCUAUGGAAAUAAUCCAUUAUUAUAAAAAAUGUAUUCCAUUAUAAUUAUAUCACCAAUGCCAUAACUAGUAUUUGAAUGGUGUUAGUACCUAAAAUCUUGGAGUCAAUAUCUUUAGUCUUAUUUUUAGAAUAAUGAUCUUAAAUUGCCAACGUUUUAAAAGCUUUUUUAUUUAUUUUUUGCAGUUCAUCAAUUUUUAAAAAGUUGAGUCCUUGUAAUUAUUUUCUUUCAAUUUUUAAAAUCUUUGAUAGUCAACUAUUUCCCCAAAGUCCUGCACCGUUUUAUUUCUUUCUUGCUGUCCUGAAGUAGAGCCUACUGAACAAAGCUGAUCAGUUUGUAGAAAGGAAUAUCAUUUUUAUUUUAAUUAAGAAAGGUGUAGUGCAUUUAUUUUAAUUAAGUAAGGUGUAUUACUUUCAUUUUAAUUAAAUCAGUUAAAAUACAAUUGCUGUUAGGAUGAUGUCAUGAUAGUAAAAACAACUUUCCAUUAUCUACCAAUAUGAAGUUUAAAACCAAUUUGAUGAGAAAUUAUUUCAGAAAUGAUAAUAGAGAUGCUCUGAAAUAUAAUAAUAUGUAUUAUCAUUAAAGUUUGAAUAUAUUUGUAAUGAUGUCUAAAGUGUUUAUCUUUUAUAAGCCAUAUAAGUUAUUAUACUUUGUUGUCAGAAUAAUCAGUGAUCUAUAUUUAUUUUUAACAUUAUACCCUAGCAGAUUUGCUCAGUAAUUUGUUAUGUUUCUAAUUAAAAAAAAAAGAGGGUCUUUGACUUAAACUUGGUGGCAAUCAAUAAGAUUUUUGUCAGUCAAAAUGCAACUUUGAAGUUUUAUAUCCUUAAGCCGAUUGUGAACAUAUAACUAUAACUCCAUUCACAGUGGCUGUAUCUUAUAAGCUGAAUGAAACAAUAGAAGAUUUAAUUGUAAUAAAUUUAAAUUGUUACAAUAUCUUUAAAUUAAUGGAGGUACUUUAAUUUGAAUAGCACAUUCACAUGAUUUGAUUUAAUCUGUUUCAAUGAUGAUACAGAAAACGUUUCAUUAUUUUAAUAGGUAAAAUUGUUAUAAUUGGUAAAAUUAAUGGGUAAAAUAAUUAGACAGUUGUCUUUUUGAUAAUAUUAGAUGUCAGUUGUUAUAAGUUUCUAGAAAUGUUGCAUAUGUCUUUUCCAGUAUUGGUUUUUAGAAACAUUGACAUCUGUCAUACAUUUGGAUACCAUUCAAGCCAAGGACCCUCUAGAUUUGAUCUCUAGCUAUUAGCACUUGUUGACAAGGAUUCAUCCAAUUCCUUUGAUUUUGGGAGUAAAAUCAUACAUUUUCAAAUAUGAACCUGUGUAUUUAUGAACUUAUUCAGAAAAGUUUGUUGUAUGUAUAUGUGUGUAUGCAUAUAUUUAUAUAUGAUGUGAUGAUAUUAAGUAUUUUUUUUACUUCCUUUAAAUUGUCAAUAGGAACUUUCCAAUAUAUGUACUUUAUUCUAACCACUAUAUUUUAAUAAACUGUGUCUCAACCAAUGUUGGAGAAGUAUGAAGUGAGUGUUGAACAUUGAGUCAGUGUUAGAAGCGCAGUUUGUUGUGUUGAUUGCAAUCCAAAUACAGGGAAUGUAUGGGAACUGUGUGCUUGUUCCAGGUACUGGUCAUUGUAAUACAAGCAUAUUUUUUUUUAGUGUGUAGUGCUGUCUCAACAUGUAAUUGCUAGUAUAAGUGUUAUAAGUAAUGUAGGUGGGCUGCUGAGAGGUAGCGCCUGUGUUGGCUAUACUUUUCAAUUCACUUUUAUUCAUCUGUAUUGUAUCUAGAGAAAGAACUACUUUUGAUGGUAGUUUAAAUAAAUAAAUUCUGUAAUUUACU